GUUUACAAAGGCGGAAAACAAAAUCCAAACGUGGAAAAGAGAAACACAAAAUAGGGUUCAUUUGUUCAUCUUCUUUAGAGACAACGUUAUUUCUAUGGCUAAGAGGACUUUAGGUAUUCCCAUAGCUAAGUGAACAUUGCUAUGAAUGUGUGGGAAGGCCCACCCCCUGGAAGAAUGAAAUAUUUGGGGGAAUAUUAAAAAGAAGCAUAAUAUUUUAUUUCCCCUAAGGGACAAAUGGAGAAACAUGAUCUUAAUGGAGGCAGAAACCAGCCUCAGUCUCCCUGUCCCAAGCGGAACCUGAGGAGGCCAUCUUUUUGAAGUGCAGAUUUGGUAAUCCAUUCAGAAAGACUGGGUCAGGCAGAAACAUCAGAUAAGCAACACAAUUAAGCCAAAGGUUGACCAAAUUAUCUCAGACAAACACCUAGGAUUUGCAUUUCCCCUUUUCCCUAUAGAGCCAACCAUGACCCCUACAUGACCCCAUAGGAAUCCAGAAGGUAUAAAAUCCACCCACUCUAAACUCCAUUUUGUCAGCUGUCCCAGAAUCACAUGUGGUUGAUGGUUCUGGUUCAACAAUAAGUGGAACCUUUCUUUCCAAUCGGCCUCCAGCCUCCAUUUUAUUUCCAGUGCCUUCCUCCUAUAUUGGAACUGAACCAGAUGGAUAUUUCUUCCAAGAAAUGAAAAAGCAUUUGGAGAUACACAACUUUCCUUGCACUAAUUUAGAAUUGUGUUAUAGGACAGAAAGAAUGGCAAGCCUUCCUUUAGCAAGUGGGGGAACUGGAAAAGGCCCUUCCGGUGCUCAGUCUGGAAUCCACAGGGAGAUGUUGGCAAGAACUGGGCAGAAGAUGCUGGAAGAAGGAACCAUCGUUUCACAAGUUCAGGCUUGGAAUUUCAGGAACAUCCAAUAUCAGGAGGAUGAGAGUCCCCGAGGACUUUGCAGCCGACUCCAUUCCUUUUGUAGUCGAUGGUUGAGACCAGACAAGCACACAAAAGCGCAGAUGCUGGACCUGGUUGUUCUGGAGCGGUUCCUGGCCCUUCUGCCCCUACAGAUGGAGAGUUGGGUGCGGGAAUGUGGAGCAGAGACCAGCUCCCAGGCGGUGGCCCUGGUGGAAGGCUUCCUCCUGAGCCAGGCGGAGGAGAAGAAGGAGCAGGUUGAGUUGCAGUCCUUCACAACGGAGAUCAGAGAUCCUGAGAGAAAGAGGCAUCUGUCAAAUCUCCCUCAAGAACUGUCUUUCAGGGGGAUCCCUCAGGAAGAUCCAAUUCAGGACACCUCAGGAGGGGAGAAUAGAAGGAAGUUGACUCUUUGUUUUGGGGAAACAGAAACCAGGAUUGAACCUCCAACUCAGGUGGGUCUUGUGUCCUUUGAGGAGGUGGCUGUGUAUUUCUCAGAGGAGGAGUGGACUCAGCUGGAUCCUCACCAAAAAGCUCUGCAUUGGGAAGUCAUGUUGGAGAAUUAUAAGAAUGUGGCCUCUCUUGGUGAUAAUGAGAAUGACAAUGAAGAAUCUGGAGAAUCAAUCAAAGUGUUUAGACAACGAGACCUAAUGGAGAAACCUGCAAUUCAAACAGAAUUCCAAAGACAGGACAGAAACCUGUCAAGUAACAGGAAUAAGGGAAGCUCGUCUUCAAUUGUUGCUCAGAUGCAGGAAUUUAUUGAUCAACGAGGAAAACUAAAGAAUAAAUAUAUUGAGAAAGAUGUAAGACUCUUCAAAGACACAUUAGAUGUAAAUGUACCCUCUCUAUCACAAGCCAAAGGAGCAGCCAAUAUAUGCGAAGACAAAGGGAAAAAUUACAGUUGGAUAUUCACACUUUCUCAAGAAAAUGGGUCUCUUGAGUCACAGAAAAGUUUUCACAUGGGAGAGAAGUCAAAUAAAUGCAAUGAACAUGGAAACAAUAUUGUUAAUAAAAGGACAUGCACAAGGGAGAAACCAUAUAAAUGCAUGGAGUGUGGAAAGGGCUUCAGAAGAAACAGUGACCUUACACCCCAUCAAAGGAUCCACACAGGGGAGAAACCAUAUAAAUGCAUGGAGUGUGGAAAGGGCUUCAGAAGAAACAGUCAUCUUUCAUGCCAUCAAAGGAUCCACACAGGGGAGAAGCCAUAUAAAUGCAUGGAGUGUGGAAAGAGCUUCAGAAGUAACAGUCACCUUACAUCCCAUCAAAGGACCCACACAGGGGAGAAACCAUAUCAAUGCAUGGAGUGUGGAAAGAGCUUCAGAACAAGGAAGGAACUAACAUCCCAUCAAAGGAUCCACACAGGGGAGAAACCAUAUAAAUGCAUGGAGUGUGGAAAGAGUUUCAGAACAAGGAAGGAACUAACAUCCCAUCAAAGGAUCCACACAGGGGAGAAGCCGUAUAAAUGCAUGGAGUGUGGUAAGAGCUUCAGUACAAGUAGUAAGCUUACAUCCCAUCAAAGGACCCACACAGGGGAGAAACCAUAUAAAUGUAUGGAGUGUGCAAAGGGCUUUAGCCAAAAGGGCAACCUUAUUAUCCAUAAAAGGAUCCACACAGGGGAGAAGCCAUAUAAAUGCAUGGAGUGUGGAAAGAGUUUCAGAAUAAGCAGUAAACUUACAUCCCAUCAAAGGAUCCACACAGAGGAGAAGCCAUAUAAAUGCAUGGAGUGUGGAAAGGGCUUCAGAAGAAACAGUCAUCUUACAUCCCAUCAAAGGAUCCACACAGGGGAGAAGCCAUAUAAAUGCAUGGAGUGUGGAAAGAGUUUCAGAAUAAGCAGUAAACUUACAUCCCAUCAAAGGAUCCACACAGAGGAGAAGCCAUAUAAAUGCAUGGAGUGUGGAAAGAGUUUCAGAACAAGGAAGGAACUAACAUCCCAUCAAAGGAUCCACACAGGGGAGAAGCCAUAUCAGUGCAUGGCAUGUGGAAAGGGCUGCAGAACAAGCAAUGCACUUACAUCUCAUCAAAGGAUCCACACGAGGGAGAAACCAUAUCAAUGCAUGGAGUGUGGAAAGAGCUUCAGAACAAGUAAGGAACUUACAUCCCAUCAAAGGAUCCAUACAGGGGAGAAGCCAUAUCAAUGCAUGGCGUGUGGAAAGGGCUUCAGACUAAGGAAGGAACUUACAUUCCAUCAAAAGAUCCAUACAGGGGAGAAGGCACAUAAAUGCAUGGAGUGUGAUAAGAGCUUCAGUACAAGUAGUAAUCUUACAUCCCAUCAAAGGACCCACACAGGGGAGAAACCAUAUAAAUGUAUGGAGUGUGCAAAGGACUUUAGCCAAAAGGGCAGCCUUAUUAUCCAUAAAAGGAUCCACACAGGGGAGAAGCCAUAUAAAUGUAUGGAGUGUGGAAAGAGUUUCAGAACAAGCAAUGAACUUGCAUCCCAUCAAAGGAUCCACACAGGGGAGAAGCCGUAUAAAUGCAUGGAGUGUGGAAAGAGCUUCAGAACAAGCAAGGAACUAACAUCCCAUCAUAGGAUCCACAUAGUGGAGAAACCAUAUAAAUGCUUGGAGUGUGGAAAGGGCUUUAGCCAAAAGAAUGCCCUUAUUACCCAUCAAAGGAUCCACACAGGGGAGAAGCCAUAUAAAUGCAUGGAGUGUGGAAAGGGCUUCAGAACAAGCAAUGAACUUGCAUCCCAUCAAAGGAUCCAUACAGGGGAGAAACCAUAUAUAUGCAUGGAGUGUGGAAAGAGCUUCAGAAGUAACAGUCACCUUACAUCCCAUCAAAGGAUCCACACAGGGGAGAAGCCAUAUAUAUGCAUGGAGUGUGGAAAGGGCUUCAGAAGAAACAGUCACCUUACAUCUCAUCAAAGGAUCCACACAGGGGAGAAGCCAUAUCAAUGCAUGGAAUGUGGAAAGGAUUUCAGUACAAGCAGUUACCUUACAUGCCAUCAAAGGAUCCACACAGGGGAGAAGCCGUAUAUAUGCAUGGAGUGUGGAAAGGACUUCAGAACAAGCAAUGAACUUGCAUCCCAUCAAAGGAUCCACACAGGGGAGAAGCCAUAUCAAUGUAUGGAGUGUGGAAAGGGCUUCAGAACAAGGAAGGAACUUGCAUCCCAUCAAAGGAUCCACAUAGGGGAGAAGUCAUAUAAAUGCAUGGAGUGUGGAAAGGACUUCAGAACAAGCAAUGAACUUGCAUCCCAUCAAAGGAUCCACACAGGGGAGAAGCCAUAUCAAUGCAUGGAGUGUGGAAAGGGCUUCAGAACAAGUAAUGAACUUACAUCCCAUCAAAGGAUCCACACAGGGGAGAAGCCAUAUAAAUGCAUGGAGUGUGGAAAGGGCUUCAGAACAAGCAAUGAACUUGCAUCCCAUCAAACGAUCCACACAGGGGAGAAGCCAUAUAAAUGCAUGGUGUGUGGAAAGGGCUUCAGAAGAAACAGUCAUCUUACAUGCCAUCAAAGGAUCCACACAGGGGAGAAGCCAUAUAAAUGCAUGGUGUGUGGAAAGGGCUUCAGAAUAAGCAGUUACCUUACAUACCAUCAAAGGAUCCACACAGGGGAGAAGCCAUAUCAAUGCAUGGAAUGUGGAAAGGAUUUCAGUACAAGCAGUUACCUUACAUGCCAUCAAAGGAUCCACACAGGGGAGAAGCCAUAUAAAUGCAUGGAGUGUGGAAAGGACUUCACAAAAAGCAGUGAUCUUACAUGCCAUAGAAGGAUCCACACAGGAGAGAAACCAUAUCGAUGCAUAGAGUGUGGAAAAGGCUUCAGAACAAGCAGUGAUCUUUCAUGCCAUCGAAGGAUCCACACCAGAGAGAAGCUAUAUAGAUGCUUGGAUUGUGGAAAGGGCUUCAGCACACCUCAUAGUCUUAUUUCCCAUAACAUGAUUCAUAGCCUGGAGAAUCCCCAAAACAAAGAUACAUUUGGAUGAGAAUGCUAAUUAUUAUGCUAAUUAUUGAUUUAAUGGGUUCUAUGCAGGGGUGAAAUCUAAAAAUUUUCCCUACCGAUUCCGUGGGCAUGGCUUGGUGGUCAGGUGACUGGGUGGGUAUGGCCAAUAACAAUAAAUAGUAAAAAUAAUAAAUAAAGUACACAAAACAAUAAGAGAUACUAAAAACCAACUUUCACACUUUACACAGACACAACACAACACAAUGUAAAAGCAGCUGCACCUCACCCAAAAUGGCCCCUGCAACAAGCAGGAACCUCACACAGCUACAAAAAGCUCAAAAACCAACUUUCACACUUUACAUACACAUAACACAACACAGCACAACUGACUCUCACACAUACACACAAAAUGCCACAUACAGCUUUGUCGGAUUUUGUGUUUGUGUAGUUAGAGUGAAACACUACAGAAACACACCAAAUCUCAGAAAGCUGCACAAUUUUUUUUUAUUAUUUUUUUUUAUUUAUAUUUUUAGAGAAAAGCAGCUAAAUUUAAAACUUCCUUAACAUUAAAUUGCUAUGUCUAAAAAAUAAUAAAACUCCUUAAAAAAAACCCAAUUAACUUUUUUAAAGCCUCCCCCCCCAACUCAAGGGACAAGGCAGGCAAAUUGAGUUGCUAGCAGAUACAAUUGAUUGCAGCAGCCAAAGCAAGGCAGGAAUAGCGAGCAAGCCCAAAAAAGGCAGCAAGCUGCCAAAUAGGCAAGUGGGGAUCGGGCGAUUGGAUGGGCAUGGGCGGUGGAGGGGAAGGGAUUUUGCUACCAGUUCUCUGAACUACCCAUCCCCAUCGCUACUGGAUUGCGCGAUUCGGUCUGAACCGGGAGCAUUUCACCCCUGGUUCUAUGUAUGGAUUUCUAAUUUACAGACUGAACUCUGAAAAGGGUUUUUGAAUGUAUCUGUAUAUACAGUAUAUAGGAGUGUCAAACUGGAAGCUCACAGGCCAGUUGUGUCACAUGCAGGACACGCCACCCCAGCUCCACAAAUAGGCAGUGCAAUGCAUUACAUAAUGGCAAAGUCACAUGGGGAGUUUGAAACCGGUGGUAUAUAGCAGGGGUCUCCAACCUAGGUCCCUUUAAGACUUAUGGACUGCUGAGGAAUUCUGGGAGUUGAAGUCCACAAGUCUUAAAACGUCUAAGGUUGGAGAUUUCUGGUAUAUAGGUUCAUUUUAUUUUAUUUUUUAGGAAUGAGCUUCCUGUUUCGUAAUUGUCAUCAUUUUCCCAGUUCGUCAUAGCUCUCAGAGGGAUGCAAAGACGUUUAACAGAUGCUGCUUUCCUAAGCCUAAAAGGAAAAUAUCAAAAAAUAAUCAAAUAGCACCCAUGGUAUAGAACUGGGAUCCCCAAAAGUAAUUAAAUUUGCAUCCCCAGUGUAGAACAGAGACCUGAGUCAGCCAGUAUCUGUGCAGAAACAUUGAACGUUAUUCAGUCAAAGGCCUCAUGAUAUGAGGGAAUUGUCACGUGCAGAUCAAUGUAGAGCGUGUGGGAAGAGCUGAAAGGAGGAACAAUUCCUCUCACAAAAGGAGCCAGAAGCGCCCCAAGUGCUUGUGCAAUUUUGUUUUCAAGCACUAUGGCCACAUUUUGCUCUUCUGUAGUGUGAUGAGGGCUAAGAAGUCCACGUUUGAUUUAAAUAAAAAUAAUUAAA